CUUCUUUCAUUUCUUUUUCUCUUUUUGCUUAUAAUGUUGGAUCAUUUAAUAGGUAAACCAUCGACAAGCUGGAAGAGAAUUCAAGUGUUGUUGACACUAAUUAUCGGUUGGCACAUCGUUUUGAAUGGUAAAACAAGGCAAUUGCCAAACAUAAUACAAAAUAUAAAUAAGAAAUCAGUGGGUGGUUCACCUUGGAGAAUCGUGUUUGGUGCUUGGUUAUUUCAAUACUUUGUUAAAAAUAUCUUUUUGCUUGUUGGUUUAAAUGGUAAGUGCUCUACUAUUUAUAUAUCUUUACUCAUAACCCUUUAUACGUGUCAUAUAGCCCCUGAUCCAUUAGCAAGAUCCUAUAGUCGUAGCUUUUAUCGAGCCACUUGGAUACUAACCGCUCUUGACGCUGGAUUCUUUACUGCUAUGCCUCUUAAACCUAAAUGGGCACGUGAUUUCUUUUCUAUCCUCUUUUCAGUCUAUUACCUCAUCUUUGCCGAUGCCGCUGAAGAAAAAGUCAGGAGGAUUCGUUCGACUAUCUCGAUUGAACAGAUGCGAUGUUCUUGGGAAAAGGGUUACCAGAAUAUGUUUUUACGAACAUUUUCUCGAAUCAUGUUUCAACCACGCAUGAGCAUCCGAGAUACCAUCAUCAUUGAUAGACCCAAUGAUAAACCUCCUACCGAAAUACACCGAUACUAUGCUAGAUCACCAGAGACAUUCUCUGAUAACGAUACCAUUAUCUUGAACAUUCCCGGUGGCGGCUUUGUAGCUAUGCCACCUCCUUGUCAUGAGGACCCCAUCACUCAUUGGGCUAAACAUACAGGUCUUCCUGUGAUCAGUAUCAACUAUAAAAAGGCCCCAGAAUACUCUUUCCCUUGGCCUAUUGAAGAAUGCUUUGAUAUCUACACUAGCAUCGUGCAGACAAAGGGUAAAGUAAUUGGUCUUUCCGGUAAAAAGAAUAUCAACAUUAUCAUCAUUGGUGACUCAGCAGGAGGUAACAUCUCUUGUGGUGUGGUCACAAAGGUUAUUGAACAGCAACAACUUCCAAAGCCUACAGGAUUAAUCUUGAUCUACCCCGCACUUGACUUUGAGUUAUCAUGUUGGAUGUCGCCCGAGCAACUAUCACUUAUCCGUGUCGAAUCUCAAGCCAACAUGUUCCGUUCAAGUUCUUUCAACAACAUCUUACAAACAAAGGACCACUUGAGUCACGCGAGCCCGUUGAGCGUUGUGCCCGACGUGGAGAAAUCAAGUGGAUGGAAAAGCCUGUUUGGUAUAAAGAAACGGGAACCCAUAAAAGAUAAAGUCAAGACAACCUAUGAAGCAUGGGUCUCAUCUCGUGUGGCUAUGACAAGUCGAAUGACAUUCUUCAACGAUAGAUUACUUUCACCUGAUAUUGUUCGAGCCAUGGCUAUCUUAUAUCUAGGGCCUCAUGCUCCUCCAGAUUUCAGUACAGAUUAUCUACUAUCACCCGUCAACACAUCUGAUGACAUACUCGCUCAUUUCCCACCCACUUAUAUGAUGUGUGGUGAAAAAGACCCUCUGGUGGAUGAUACGGUCAUCUUUGCUGGUCGUAUUCGACAAGCUAGAUUAAAGUAUCGUCAGGAACAUCCUUUGGAUGAAGCAUUCCCUCAAGGUGAUGGCGUACGUGUCAAGUUUUUAGAAGGCAUGAGCCAUGGAUUCUUGCAGAUGACUGCUUUCCUACCAGAAGCUACACAAGCCAUCAAGACUUUAGGGGAUUGGAUGAUAGAGAUUCAAAAUAAUGUACAGAGAAAACCAUACAAAAAAUUAGGAGAUGAUCAUCUGGCAGAGAUUAGCACUAGUGAAAAAGACUUGCUUCACCGUAGAAAACAAUUAUUAGUCAACGGACUCUAUUAG